ACCCACCAGAGAAAACAUGACGUUCUACGCCCUACUGGGGAUGGCGGUGACCACUCUACUGUGGGCAAGGACUGACGCCCAACAGAGGCCGCUACUGGUCGGGGCCUUCAACAUCAAGAGCUUCGGCCGGGCCAAGAUGACCGACGAGGUCCUGGCCGGCCGCAUCACGCAGAUCGUCAAGCGCUAUGACGUCAUCGUCCUGCAGGAAGUGCGAGACACCACGGGGGAGGCGCUGUCCGAGCUGUGGACACGCCUGAACGCCACCACCCCCUGGGGCCUGGCGGUCAGUGACCCCAUCGGCCGGACCAACUACAAAGAGCAGUACGCCUUCUUUUACCGGACCGGUAAGGUCAAGGUCAUCUCCACCUACCAACACGACGACGAAGCACGCGAUUUCUACGAGCGCGAGCCGUUUGGCGUGGAGGUUGAGUACACGUCUGCGGGUAGAUCCCAGACCAGGAGGGUCGUGCUGCUGGCGCUGCACACCCGGCCACAAGACACGCCGGCAGAGCUGCAGAAACUACCCGACCUCAUGCGCGCCGUCCGCAGACGGUACAGCAACGUCGACGGCGUCGUCGCCAUGGGAGACUUCAACGCCGACUGCAGUUACCUGAGCAACGCCAAGAAAAGAGAGCUGGAGAUCUUCAAGACCGGCGACUUCGUCAGUUUGAUCCCCGACACGGCCGACACGACGGUGGCGUCCACGCACUGCGCCUACGACAGGAUUAUCGUGCUGGGCAGCGGGGUCGUGGCUAGAAACGCCGGGCCGUAUGACUUCAAAACUGGACUGAAACUGGACGAGACGGAGGCGUAUGCUAUCAGUGACCACUACCCCAUUGAGUUCAAACUGUUUUAGUUUUGGUGUUUGUUUUAAACGGAGGGAUCUAGUCAACCAGACAUCGUUAGUCAACAAACUGUUAGUGUCUAUAAUUUCAUACACUAACAUACACAUAUACUUUUUAUAGGUUUUUAACAUAAAUUAAUUAAGGAAGACUUCGACAGCAUUAUUCACAUACUUUUUUUCUAAUAGUAUUCAGGUUCAUUUUUCCAAUUUCUAACUCAAAAUCUAAUUAUUUUUAUUUCACUAUCAUGCCCUCGUUGAUCGAUCUCAAUUUUUUUCUACUACCUCGCAUAUUACCAAUUUAGAAAAAUCAAACUCAAGUAUACAAUUUUUCAUAAACUUGUAUAGUUGUAUAUCAAUUACCUCGCAAGAUAACAAAUAAGUGACAUUAAUAUAAGAACUCCAUUCCAUUAAUUAUCUCCCCUCUUUAAUGUUUGUCUCCCUUUAAUAUUUCAUAUAUCUUCUUCAUGAACUCUAGCUGUCCCGUGCCCUGGUUAAGGAACUUACGUAUCAUUAUAGGAUCAUCAAUUAUUUAACAACUUUUUAAUGUAGUUUUCUCUGUUGUUUUAUUGUACUUUGGCUGAUGUUUAUUUUAUUCUACGAAACAUCAAGUAUAUCUACGUUAUAAACAGCUUUUUUAAAUGUGCUGUUUCUUCUUCAAACUACCUAAACGAACAAAAUAAAUGAAUUU